AUGCUAGGUCCAGAAUUUGCCAAGUUUUCAAAACAAGCAAGAGAUUAUCAUUUCGAUAGUUUCCCAUACGAAAAUUCCUACGAAGAGGAACCAUACGAAGAUCAUUAUAAAAUAAUAGCAUACAACGAAAAAUGGGGGCCAAAAUAUGCAUACGAUAUUAAAUCACAAUCAAAAUAUAAUCAGAGCAAUAGACAAUCACCAGGUUUAUCACCAAGAUAUCAAUCAUCGCAACAAUAUCAAAAAUCCUCUCCAUCAUUAAAAUCAAAUUCAUCAUACAAUAAUAGUGGCAACAAUAGCAAUACUUCAAUAUAUAAACCAAAAAAGAAAAAUUUAAAUAUUAAGUUAAUCAUUAAAAACUUAUUAUUACCAAAUAAAUAUAACCCAUUAAAACGUACCACAUUUAUCAGUAUAUUACCUAUAGAAGUUACAAUGAAAAUCAUUUCAUAUUUACCAUUUGAAGAUAUCGUUAGUAUUCAAUAUGUAUGUUCAGAUUGGUAUCAAAUCACCAGAGAAGAAAUUCUUUGGAAGAUUAUUUAUCAAAACUAUUUCCAAUGUUACCCAAAUAGAGAAUUGUUUUUAAAGAAAUCAGAUAAAUCAAAAGACCUUCAUUGGAGAGAAAUAUUUAGACAACAACACGACCGUGAGCAAAAAUGGAAAGGUGAUCGUUUCAAAGAGGCUCAUUUAAUUGGACAUACAGGUACUGUUUGGGCAUUACAUUUAGAUGAGGAUAGGGUAUUUACUGGUUCAUUCGAUAAAACCGCAAAAGUAUGGGAUGCAAAAACAAAGAAAUGUAGAUUUACACUCUCUGGUCAUUAUUACCCAAUUCAAUGUUUAGAUGCCAAGGACGAUAUAAUGGUGACAGGUUCUCUCGACAAUAGUAUUAGACUCUGGGAUUUGGGUCAAGGUAAAUCCAAAGGUAUUUUAACAACUCGUGCUCAUAAUUUCGAUGUUUUCUGUUUACAAAUGGUCGAUAAUACAAUUAUUUCAGGCUCAAGCGAUUCAACAGUCAAGGUAUGGAAUAUUCAAGAUAUAUUAAAUGAUAACGAGCCAGAGGCACCACUCACACCAGAGGAAGAGGAUGAAUUGAUGGAUCCAUUCUUUCAUCAAUCAUGUGUUACAUGUCUCCAAGUUUACGAUAAUAUUUUAAUGAGUGGUGGUAGCGAUAAAGUUGUACGUGUUUGGGAUUUAAAUACAUCACAACCAAUUCAAGUAGUACAAGGUCAUAACGAAGGUAUAAGAGCACUCCAAUUCAAAGGAAAUGUUUUAGUUACUGGUUCCGAUGAUAUGACUUGUAAGCUUUGGGAUUUAAGAAGUAAAUCAUGUAAUAUAUCAACUCUCCGUGGUCAUAAUGGCGCAAUUCGUUGUCUUCAAUGGGAUGGAACAACUUUAAUUACAGGUUCUAAUGAUCAAACAGUACGUUGGUGGAAUUUAAACUAUGAUUCUAGUCAAAGUAAAGAAUUGUUUUCAUUUAGCAGUAGUAUUUCAUGUUUAAAAUUUACAGAUAAUAUUUUAAUGUGUGGACUUUCAGACUCAAAAGUACAAAUUAUUUAUUAAACGAAACAUAAUAUAAUAAUCAAACAAUAAUAAUAUUUUAAUAGAACACAACGAUAUACUCGAAUAGACAAUAAUAAUCGAAUAGUUAUAUAUAUAGAAAAAAAAAAACAAAAAAAUAUAAUAAUAUUAAUUUUUUUGUAAAAUUACUUUUUUUAAAAAAAUAAACUUUGUAUAUUAAUAAAAAAUU